UCUCUCCCACACUCUCUCUCUCUCCGUCUCGCCGUCUAGUCCAGUGUCCAGAAGCCGAAAACAGAGCACCACUGCGGGCUUUAAGUGGCUGUCAACAGAGCUCCCACGGCAGUCAUGGCGGCGCCGUUAGCCCACUUCGAUGAGGACUGGCAGGAUUUUAACGAGUUCAAGCCGUCCUCCUCGGCGUCGGCCGACCAGCUGGACCAGCUGAACUCAAAUGUGGGCGAUUCAUCGUCGGGCCUAGACGAUUUCUCAGACCUGGACAACAGUUUCUCCGGCGAGAUCUGCAGCUUCAAAUCGAUGGAGGACCUCGUCCACGACUUCGACGAGAAGCUGACAGUGUGUUUCCGAAACUACAACACGACGACGGAAAACAUAGCCCCCGUCAAACCCAUCACGGAGGAGAACUACUUGAAAGACGACGAGGUCUGGAACGCUCUGACAGAUAAUUAUGGCAACGUGAUGGCGGUGGACUGGAAGACAUCGCACACUCGCACCCUACACCUGCCCACCCUCAACCUCACUGAGCACGAGAAGUUAGACAACCAAUCUCUGGAUCUGUCGGAUGACGAGGAGCUAAGGGAGCAGAUGGAUAUGCACUCGAUUAUCGUCUCCUGCAUCAACGAUGAGCCGCUCUUCACGGCCGAACAGGUGAUAGAGGAGAUAGAGGAAAUGAUGCAGGAGUCUCCGGACCCAGAGGACGAUGAGAGUCCCUCGCAGUCCGACCUGUCCAUGCUCUCUCAGGACCUCCACGCACUAAAACGCUCUGGCUCCAACACCAGCUACGAGGACCGGCUGCGUCAGCUGUCUGUGUCUGAGCUCACCGAGACUCUGGAGGAAGUAGAGACGGCCAUUCGGCGUUAUAGCGAAGAGUUGAUCCAGGCUCUGGCCCUGCGAGACGAACUGGACUACGAAAAGGAGGUGAAGAACAGCUUCAUCUCGCUGCUGAUCGACGUGCAGAACAGACAGAAGGAGCACCGCGAGCUGCUGCGGAAGAAGAAGAAAAUCAGAAGCACGACGACAACCGGGCCCAACGGCCAGAGAACAGCCAGCACGCACAUACCGGGCACGCUCCUCACUCUGGAGGGACUCUCCAAUGUCAUUCAAAAUGGCCUUCGUCAAACUUUUGGCAACACAGGAGGGGACAAACAGUACCUGACCACAGUAAUCCCUUAUGAGAAGAAAGCCAGCUCCCCGUCAGUUGAAGACCUCCAGAUCCUCACAAAGAUCCUCCACGCCAUGAGGGAUGACAGCGAGAAGGUCCCGGCCCUGCUAACAGACUACAUUCUCAAAGCUCUGGUAUGAGAGCAAGAGGAAACUGAGUUCUUUGUCCCACGUAAAAGCCAAAGGCAAGCCUCACGUUUCCAGAACCCAUUGGACCAUCAGAAGACGGUUCAGGUUAUCCGGAAGAAUCCAGAUACUGGAUUAAAAAUCCAAAUCUUUCCUACUUUUAUUUUUCUUUUCUUCAAAACAUAGACUCUCUUUCCUUUUUUUCUUUUUUUUUCUUCAAAACAUAGACUCUCUUUCCUUUUUUUCUUUUUUUUAACUCCGAAGAUUUUAACCUAGAUUUAACUCUUCAGUCUGUAUAGUUCAUUUCUAUGUUUUAACUUUUUUUAAGCCUGAGAGCAACAGCCCUGUAUAUUCUGACUGCAUGAUGACUUGUCUAUGGAUGCCAGUAAAUCAGUAUUAGUCUGGACACCUCACUCCCUGAUUAGCCAGCGGCUCUUUGGUAGGAGAAAAUGGGUCGGGUGUGUUUUUAAGUCCAUGGGUUUCAUCAUCAGGCUGGUGUGAGGGAGAAGCAGUCCAGUCUGCCUGCUUUGUAAAUGAAUGCAUUUGCAUCCGUGUCAUUCAUGCCUGACAGGGGGGUGAAUACACAUUCUGGCAGAGACUUAAAGUGCCCAGCUGGUUGUGAUAUCAAACAUAAAUCCUGUUUUUUUCCUUUGCCAUAAUGGCAUAAAUUGUUGUUUGGUUGCAUUAUAAUGUCUUGGGGUUGAAAACUCCUCUCUUGCUAAUGAUCAAAGAGCAAACCCUUUAAUUUUAAAACCACAAAUCGUAGGUCCACUUGUCUUUGCAUGUUGAUUUGGGGUUUUCGCUCUAUAUUAGCUCCUAGCUGAAUGUGAAAAUGAAAUAUUUUGUAUACGAUUUAGGAGAAGUUGCACAGUUUUUGGGAACUUUUUACUUUUUGAAAAAGGGAAUAAAAAGUCUUGAUAGAUUAACAGCUGAAUGAACAAAACAUAUAAAGCAUAUUUUUAAAGAUGGGAUUUGUUUUUAGUGAGAUUAGGGACUUCAGUAGCCAACAUCAUUUUGUAAAUGCUGUCCAUUGACCUCUGAGCCCUCGAGUAGUGACCGCCAUCCCCAACAACUUUAUCACUUCCCCAGGAGUCGUCAUUACUUGAGUCUGCAAAUACCUCUUAUUACAGUUUUGCAUUAGUAGAACAUGACUGAACCGUCAUUAGAUAAAUAGCGUAGUUAAAAUUAUCUUAGGUUUGAUAAAUGUGUAGUUAAGAUUCCGUUACACGUUGUGGGUUUUCUCUCUCUGUUAACCCUUUAAUAUGUUGUGUACAUUUUGUGGUAGCAGUUUAGUCUGUCAGUGAUCUGCUCAUGUCGUAGUGGAGAUACUCGAGUACGUCUCACUAGAGUAGCAUUAGAUGAAGCUUAGGAGCUUAAGCUAGCGGUGCCAAAAGCACAUCAACACAACGAAUCGUUGUCAUGCAUCCUGUUCCAUCGAUUCACCUUAUUGGUCGUAAUGAAAAACAACCUUAAAGGGGCACUCCACAGUCCAUUAACCCCGAUGAUGUCAUGGUGAUGUCAUAUUAGUGUCAUCUUGGCUCGGACUUGAGACUACAAAUCUAGGGUUGUUACAAACUCAAGGUACUUUUAAAGAAGUUUGAAAGAUGUGGGUGUUUACCAGGCAGGGUUUAGGGUCAAGUUGCAUCAUGGGAAUUGUAGGAUCAUGUGUUUUUUGGACUAAAGUUCUCAGCCUGUGCCCCGUCGAUUUUGACCGUUCUUUUUUUAACUUGCAAGUCUCCCAACUUUAUCGUAGUGCGACACUCUGGGGCACCUCUUUAAAAAAAAAUGUGUACCACCGAUCUAGCGAUGCAUGUCGGUACACGAACAUUCAGAUCACCAGCUACUACAGGUGCGCCACACACUGUCAGAUCAGGUCUAGUCUAGCUCUCAGGUACGAUUAUCAGUGUUAGUAGUUUUAAAAUCUUGUUCUGAAAGGUACUGACAUUCCUGAGUCUUUGCUGCACUUUUAGCUCUUUACAAAUUUCUCUAAAUACCUGGACGAGGAGGUGGAGGUAAUCACGGGAGCCUCCCGACUAAAUCAGGUUAGCAUUACAGAUGAUUGAUUAUGUCAUGAUUUGUUUGAACACAGUUUAAUGCUUCAUGUCCUAGACGCUGCUUACUUGUAACAGUAGUAGGUGUAGCCAGCAGUUAAAUGGCACAGGCUGCAGUAGCUUGGCGUAGCGGUCUAGUGACGAUAGUGUAGAUACAGUUUUAACAUCGAGCAGCAAUUUUGAUUAGUUAGAAAUAAAAUGGUUAAUAUGAGAAAGUGAGACUCUCUUAAAUAAAGAAUGAACUUUUAAUGGUUACAUUUUUAAGCGUGUCUCUCAUGCAUGUAGCCAGAAGAAAACAGAAUAGGAAGAUGAAAAGGGGUGUGAUAAAGUUCAUGGACGUUGGGGAAGAUUGCACAAAGCGUUGCUUAAAUUCGAGGGGUCCAUUUAUUCUUUUGUAAAUGUGACUGUAUGAGCUUUAGAAAACAUUCACAACCUAGCAUGUGCUACGUGCACUUUACUGCUGCAGAUACAUUUCUAAUGAUUCGUUUGUCUUGUUUACGAACAUAUUAAUAUCACACUAAAGGGACACGUGCAUGUCGCAGCGAGAUGCAGAAAAACUCAAAGCAAAUCAUUUGAAAUGUUCUCAAAAAGUGAAACAUGAGAUGAAAACAUCCCUCAAUAGAUCAUGAUCUUACAAAAUGACACCGACUGUGUAAAUGUUUUGUUUUAUAAUCAAAUGGCAGUCAGUCAUUCGGCAGAUGGAAGUUACUGGAGGAUCUCGUCUCAGGCCGGAGCCCCUCAUCUGGUCUCUUGUUAGCAGACAUAUCAGCACAAUUUAGAGAUUUAUAUUUAUAUAUGUAAAACAAAACAAGUAAAAGAGGCUGCCUUUGUAAAUGCCUGAAAAUCUUUUGUACAUUAAACCAACUCCUUUUUUGUUUUUAAUGCAAUAUAAUUCCCCUUUUUGGGGUUUUAUGUGUACUGUCUCACGUGGUACUGCAGUAUAUUAAUUUAUUAUGUAAAUGUUCGUUUUGUAACCAUAUUAUUGACUGUAAUGGUACAAGUGUUUUGUGCCCACAUUGCAUUGCAACUCAUUUCAAAUAAAUUAAUAUGUGAAGA